AUGAAGGUGGCGGUCUUUAGUGCCAAAUCCUACGAUCGCACCUAUCUAGAUCAGGUGCGUGCACAGCACUUUCCCGAGCUGUGCGCUAUUGAAUACCAUGCCUUUGCGUUGUCUGAGGAGACUGUGCCACUAGCCCAAAAUUCCGACGCGGUGUGCGUCUUUGUCAACGACACCCUGGACGAGCGCGUGCUGAGAGCUCUCCACGCCUACGGGGUCCGUGCCAUCCUGCUCCGAUGCGCCGGAUUUAAUCACGUUCAUCUCGCAACUGCCGAAGAGCUAGGCCUCUUCGUGGCGAAUGUGCCCGCAUACUCCCCCGAAGCUGUGGCGGAGUUCGCCGUCGCCCUGAUCCAAACCUUGAAUCGGAAGACUCACCGUGCCUACAAUCGUGUCCGCGAGGGCAACUUCAACAUUGAAGGUCUCCUCGGGAACACUUUGCAUGGUAAGACCGUUGGGAUCGUCGGCGUGGGGCGCAUCGGGCUUGCGGCCGCGCGCAUCUUCCACGGCUUCGGGUGCCGACUACUCGCGCACGACCCUUUUGCCGGGGAAGAAUUCCGUCAGUACGGGACGCUAGUUGACCUCGACACCCUACUAAAAGAAAGCCACAUCGUGAGUCUGCAUUGUCCCCUCACGGAGAGCACGAAGCAUCUCAUCAACGAAGAGACAUUGGCGCGCAUUCGACCGGGGUCCUUGCUGGUCAACACUUCGCGCGGGGGGCUCAUCGAUACCACGGCGGUCCUUCAGGCGCUAAAGACGAAGCAGCUGGGCGGAUUAGCAUUGGAUGUCUACGAAGCAGAAGGCGAGCUUUUCUACAACGAUCACUCCGGGGAGAUCAUUGAAGACGACGUGCUGAUGCGUCUGAUGACCUUCCACAAUGUCUUGAUUUGUGGUCACCAGGGAUUCUUCACGCGCGAGGCUCUCGCGGAGAUCGCUGAGAUCACACUCGGCAAUCUGUCUGAUUUGGUCUCGGCCCGCUCGUGCAAGAACUCAUUGGUAACGGAGGGACAUGUUUUAGUUCCCGUGGACAAAGAGCCGGUUAGGCUUUGA